AUGGAAAUGGUUAAAACUACUACAGGCAUCUGUUGUCUUAUGAUAUAUAAGUCUAUUUCACACAGCGGUUUCACCCUGGAUGAACAAGUUUUGUCACGUGACCACAAAUGCAAACGCCGAUUUAACAUUUCAGCAAUUACGGACCCGAUUUCAGCUAUCACGGCAUUCAGGAGAGCCAGCUACCUUCAAGCGUUAACAUUAGGAGGAGCUAUUUCUGUGAAGACAGAUGGGGAAACUUUUAUCAGACAAGGUUUGGCUAAACAGGAUAGACCUGGUCAUUCAUCAGCAAAAAUGUGUGUACCAGCUUUUAAGACCAUCCAAGAAGAGCACUUGCUAUCUAUCUUAAAAGAACUAAAUCCUUCAGACGUAAAGAUGAAACAAGUUUAUUUCUGACAAUAAAUGUACCUCAUUCUAAAGCUUCUUCACAAACUUUGGCUUCAUAUAUUCUUAAAACUAUUCAAGAGGCUUAUGCAGAUAAACAUAAAAGUGAAACAGCACAUUCUACAAGAGCUUUAGGUCCCAAUUCUCAACGCUGCAGAUUGGUCAAAAGAAAACACCUUCGUUAAAUUUUAUUUGA